GCUGCGUGCGAUUAUCUUCAGGAAUCAGUCUCGUUGUCGUCGACCUGCGAAAUCGAUCGGUCCUAUACUAUGUCCUGCUAGAAGGGAAGAUCCUCAUUAAAGAUGAUGCGGGGUGUCAUCGCUGCUCUCUUCACCCUGGUGAUUGCUACAUCCGUGUCGCAACUCACUCAGGAACCGAGAAGCAGCAACCAGGACAACAAUGUGAUUCUGAAUAUUAGCGACAAACAAAAAGUUCAGUAUUUGAGUCAAAAUUUUGAAUCAGCUGCAUACAAAUACGGUUACGAUGUUGGUCCAAAUGGCCAAUUCCAUCACGAAGUGCGUGGCCCAGAUGGUAUCACUUAUGGAUGUUACGGCUACGUUGACCCGUUCGGUCAACUGAAAUCGACGUUUUACGUGAGUGACGGAUGGGGCUAUCGUGUAGUUCGGCCGGGAAAGGAAGUCGAACUGUUCCUUCACAAGCACGAGCAUCACGAAGCCGGAGACGGUCAUGAUCAUCACGAGCAUCACGGAGUGGUUACACCAUGGCGAGAAUUGUAUUUUCCCGCGGUAUGCGCGCAAUACGAAAACACGAACGUUCCACCCUUUACACCAGGUGCAGGAAUAGCACCUAUCGGAAGUGGAUCCACAAUAGAUGUAAAACCUCCUUAUAGGCCUGGUGCAACAGAUCAACCUGGUAAACCAGGAAUUCCUGAAAAACCAGGAACACCAGCUUAUCCAGGAUAUCCAGGAAUUCCUGGAACCCCAGGUACACCAGGAUUACCGCCACAUCCAGGAUUUCCCGGCACGCCAGGAACACCAGGAACGCCCGGCAUACCAGGAAGACCAGGAACACCAGCUUAUCCUGGACAUCCAGGAACUCCUGGGAUUCCUGGAACCCCCGGUACACCGGGAUUACCGCCACAUCCAGGAUUUCCCGGAACGCCAGGAACACCAGGAACGUCCGGCACACCAGGAAGACCAGGAACACCAGCUUAUCCUGGACAUCCAGGAACUCCUGGUAUUCCUGGAACCCCAGGUACACCGGGAUUACCACCACAUCCAGGAUUUCCCGGCACGCCAGGAAUACCAGGAACGCCCGGCACACCAGGAAAACCAGGAACACCAGCUUAUCCGGGACAUCCAGGAACUCCUGGCAUUCCUGGAACCCCUGGUACACCGGGAUUACCGCCACAUCCAGGAUUUCCCGGAACGCCAGGAACACCAGGAACGCCCGGCACACCAGGAAGACCAGGAACACCAGCUUAUCCAGGACAUCCAGGAACUCCUGGUAUUCCUGGAACCCCAGGUACACCGGGAUUACCACCACAUCCAGGAUUUCCCGGCACCCCAGGAACACCAGGAACGCCUGGCAGCCCAGGCACACCAGGAAAACCAGGAACACCAGCUUCCCCAGGGCAUCCAGGAACUCCUGGAACCCCAGGUACACCGGGAUUACCACCACAUCCAGGAUUUCCCGGCACCCCAGGAACACCAGGGACACCUGGCAGCCCAGGCACACCAGGAAAACCAGGAACACCAGCUUAUCCAGGGCAUCCAGGAACUCCUGGAACCCCAGGAACACCAGGAAUACCGCCGUAUCCAGGAUUUCCCGGCACCCCAGGAACACCAGGGACACCUGGCAGCCCAGGCAUACCAGGAAAACCAGGUACACCAGCUUAUCCCGGGCAUCCGGGAACACCUGGAAUCCCAGGAACACCGGGAAUACCGCCGUAUCCAGGAUAUCCUGGCACGCCAGGAACACCAGGAACGCCCGGCACACCUGGAAGACCAGGAACACCAGCUUACCCAGGGCAUCCAGGGACUCCUGGAACCCCAGGUACACCGGGAUUACCACCACAUCCAGGAUUUCCCGGCACCCCAGGAACACCAGGGACACCUGGCAGCCCAGGCAUACCAGGAAAACCAGGUACACCAGCUUAUCCCGGGCAUCCGGGAACACCUGGAAUCCCAGGAACACCGGGAAUACCGCCGUAUCCAGGAUAUCCUGGCACGCCAGGAACACCAGGAACGCCCGGCACACCUGGAAGACCAGGAACACCAGCUUAUCCAGGACAUCCAGGGAGUCCUGGAAUUCCUGGAACCCCAGGUACACCGGGAUUAGCGCCACAUCCAGGAUUUCCCGGCACCCCAGGAACACCAGGGACGCCUGGUACACCAGGAAGACCAGGGACACCAGCUUAUCCAGGGCAUCCAGGGACUCCUAGCAUACCUGGAACCCCAGGUACACCGGGCUUGCCGCCACAUCCAGGAUUUCCCGGCACGCCAGGAACACCAGGAACGCCCGGCACACCAGGAAGACCGGGAACACCAGCUCAUCCCGGACAUCCAGGAACUCCUGGAAUUCCUGGAACCCCAGGUACACCGGGAUUACCGCCACAUCCAGGAUUGCCCGGCACGUCAGGAACACCAGGAACGCCCGGCACACCAGGAAAACCUGGAACGCCAGCUUAUCCAGGACAUCCAGGAACUCCUGGCAUUCCUGGAACCCCAGGUACACCGGGAUUACCGCCACGUCCAGGAUACCCUGGCACUCCUGGAACACCAGGAACGCCCGGCACACCAGGAAAACCUGAAACGCCAGCUUAUCCAGGACAUCCAGGAACUCCUGGCAUUCCUGGAACCCCAGGUACACCGGGAUUACCGCCACAUCCAGGAUACCCUGGCACUCCUGGAACACCAGGAACGCCCGGCACACCAGGAAAACCUGGAACACCAGCUUAUCCAGGACAUCCAGGAACUCCUGGUAUUCCUGGAACCCCAGGCAUACCGGGAUUACCGUCACAUCCAGGAUACCCUGGCACUCCUGGUACACCAGGAACGCCCGGCACACCAGGAAAACCGGGAACACCACCUUAUCCAGGACAUCCAGGAACUCCUAGUAUUCCUGGAACCCCAGGUACACCAGGAUUACCGCCGUAUCCAGGAUAUCCUGGCACGCCAGGAACACCAGGAACGCCCGGUACACCAGGAAAACCUGGAACGCCAGCUUAUCCAGGACAUCCAGGAACUCCUGGCAUUCCUGGAACCCCAGGUACACCAGGAUUACCGCCACAUCCAGGAUACCCUGGCACUCCUGGAACACCAGGAACGCCCGGCACACCAGGAAAACCGGGAACACCACCUUAUCCAGGACAUCCAGGAACUCCUGGUAUACCUGGAACCCCAGGUACACCAGGAUUACCGCCACAUCCAGGAUACCCUGAUAUUCCUGGAACACCAGGAACCCCCGGGACACCAGGAAGACCGGGAACACCAGCUUAUCCAGAACAUCCAGGAACUCCUGGUAUACCUGGAACCCCAGGUACACCAGGAUUACCGCCGUAUCCAGGAUAUCCUGGCACGCCAGGAACACCAGGAACGCCCGGCACACCAGGAAAACCUGGAACGCCAGCUUAUCCAGGACAUCCAGGAACUCCUGGCAUUCCUGGAACCCCAGGUACACCAGGAUUACCGCUACAUCCAGGAUACCCUGGCACCCCUGGAACACCAGGAACGCCCGGCACACCAGGAAAACCGGGAACACCACCUUAUCCAGGACAUCCAGGAACUCCUAGUAUUCCUGGAACCCCAGGUACACCAGGAUUACCGCCGUAUCCAGGAUAUCCUGGCACGCCAGGAACACCAGGAACGCCCGGGACACCAGGAAAACCUGGAACGCCAGCUUAUCCAGGACAUCCAGGAACUCCUGGCAUUCCUGGAACCCCAGGUACACCAGGAUUACCGCCAUAUCCAGGAUACCCUGGCACUCCUGGAACACCAGGAACGCCCGGCACACCAGGAAAACCGGGAACACCACCUUAUCCAGGACAUCCAGGAACUCCUGGUAUACCUGGAACCCCAGGUACACCAGGAUUACCGCCACAUCCAGGAUACCCUGGUAUUCCUGGAACACCAGGAACCCCCGGGACACCAGGAAAACCGGGAACACCACCUUAUCCAGGACAUCCAGGAACUCCUGGUAUACCUGGAACCCCAGGUACACCAGGAUUACCGCCACAUCCAGGAUACCCUGGUAUUCCUGGAACACCAGGAACCCCCGGGACACCAGGAAGACCGGGAACACCAGCUUAUCCAGGACAUCCAGGAACUCCUGGUAUACCUGGAACCCCAGGUAAACCAGGAUUACCGCCACAUCCAGGAUACCCUGGUAUUCCUGGAACACCAGGAACCCCCGGGACACCAGGAAGACCGGGAACACCAGCUUAUCCAGGACAUCCAGGAACUCCUGGCAUUCCUGGAACCCCAGGUACAUCAGGAUUACCGCCAUAUCCAGGAUACCCUGGCACUCCUGGAACACCAGGAACGCCCGGCACACCAGGAAAACCGGGAACACCACCUUAUCCAGGACAUCCAGGAACUCCUGGCAUUCCUGGAACCCCAGGUACACCAGGAUUACCGCCACAUCCAGGAUACCCUGGCACUCCUGGAACACCAGGAACGCCCGGCACACCAGGAAGACCGGGAACACCACCUUAUCCAGGACAUCCAGGAACUCCUGGCAUUCCUGGAACCCCAGGCACACCAGGAUUACCGCCACAUCCAGGAUACCCUGGCACUCCUGGAACACCAGGAACGCCCGGCACACCAGGAAGACCGGGAACACCACCUUAUCCAGGACAUCCAGGAACUCCUGGUAUUCCUGGAACACCAGGUACACCAGGAUUACCGCCACAUCCAGGAUAUCCCGGCACGCCAGGAACACCAGGAACGCCCGGUACACCAGGCAUUCCAGGACGACCAGGAACACCAGCUUAUCCAGGAUAUCCUGGAACUCCUGGUACGCCUGGAUCUCCAGGAAAACCAGGUUAUCCAGGAUCUUCCAACAAACCAGGAAUAUCAGAAAAGCCGAGUGCUCCAUAUCCCGGAACUUCAAAUAAACCAACUGUUCCUUCAAAACCUGAUACAUCUGGUCAUCCAGGUUAUCCUCCUUAUCCCGGUUAUCCAGGAUAUCCGGAAGGUCCAGAAGGUCCAGAAGGACCUGUCGGUCCAAUUGGCGGCAUAGGAGGUAUCGGAGGUAUCGGAGGUGUAGGUGGUGAAGGAGGAGUUGGACCUGAUGGACCUGACGGGCCAUGGCCAACUGGUUCACCAGGUCCUGAUGGACCCUGGCCUGGUGAUCCAGGGUAUAUACCCAAAUCAAGGAGACCAAUAAAAUAUCAAUAUCCUAUAACUUCUCCAGUUCAUAAUAACAAUUAUAAUUCUGUUACGAAAUAUUAUUCUAGAAACAAGACUGAUUCUUCGUACACGGACGAUAUUGUAACAGACAUCGAAUUGACAAAGUUAUCACAUGCGGCAGAAGUAAACCCACCAUUGUACACGAGCCAUAAACCUCAUCAGUAUAAAUCUGAAUAUGGCACCGUCCCAUUAUUCCACGAAAAAUCAGAAACCUACAAUGCAGAUGAGAUCAAUUCACUUUUGCAACCUCGCCCGACGUCACCAUCAUUAUUACCCUACAACGAAGAUUAUCAAAGUAUAGAUUCAGUACAGAAGACUUCACGACCUUACGAUCACCUGAACGAGUUUGGAUUAAAACUGAACAAACCAUCCAGGAAUGACUACGAACAAUUUGGCGUGCGCGAUCAUCAAGACGACUAUCGGAAGUCGAUAUUCUACUCGCAACAGCCAUCAUCCAGAGGCCGAGUGGGCAAAACAGGACGCCAGGACAGCGUGUUUAACCUGAACCUGAAGGAACAGUACAACGAUAAUUCCUCCGUGGAUAGAAAAUCGAUACCUAGUCUGUCUUUGCAAUCAGACGGACCCUUCCUGAAUCUUCCGCGGAAACAGGUAAAUUCACGUCUUGAACAGUCACUCCAGGCGAAUCCCGGGCUCGACGCCAUCGGGGUUCAGCCACCCAGCUCCAUCCAGCCCUUCUCGUUACCUGUUGGGCCAGACCCGCAAGCGUGUCCUUGCUACUUAAUUGAGCCGAACGAGCGUGCGAGCAACGCGUCGGCCGGCACGACACCUCCCAUCCCUGUCAUUGGCCAGGUCGGAUUCAUUCCCGUCAUCUUUGUGCCCUACUGUCCCGGCGACAAGGCGGACAGCAGCGGCAAAAUGAAACUCAUGUUCCCAUCUGUCACCCCGGUUCCGUACACGUGCGACGCGUGUGGCGCGCAAGACUACGGUAACCUCCGCAUCGAAACCAUCGAUGUGAACCAACUCGGCGACAUCGACUAUCUCAGGCAGGCGUUAAGUCGGGCCAAUCUUGGCUUUUUGAAUGUUCCAGUGAAGAGCAGAAGCGCCGAACGGAGGAAGAGCAAAGGCAGGAAGACGGAAUCGGAAACGUAAAACGCGCUGACUUACCCAGAUAGAAAGGCCUGAUGAUCAGACUUCAUCAUGUGAUCUUCUGAGAUGAUUGAAAUGUGUCCUAUGUCUUGUAAUCAUAUUAUGAUGAUAGCCCAGCAAACACAAAGUAACAAUUACAUCACAUCAAUGUUAUAAUUUCUCAAUAAUAUAAUCUCUAUAUAAUACUCGAUAAUAUAACCGCAAUAUAACAUGCACUGUAAAAAAUGUGUAAAAUUACAUAAAUAAUAAAUGUAAA